AAGCGGGAGCUGGCCGAGGCCACCGGCCUCACCACCACCCAGGUCAGCAACUGGUUCAAGAACCGCCGGCAGCGGGACCGAGCGGCAGAGGCCAAGGAAAGGGAAAACAACGAGAAUUCCAACUCCAACAGCCACAACCCGCUCUCGGCAUCAAUGAACGGAAAUAAGACAGUUUUGGGGAGCUCGGAGGACGAGAAGACGCCGUCAGGGACCCCGGAUCACACCUCCUCCAGCCCCGCGCUGCUGCUCAGCUCCAACCCCGGGCUGCAGCCCCUCCACGGCCUGGGCCACCCCCAGGGCCCCAGCGCCAUCCCCGUGCCCAGCACCGACCCCAUGCACCACCACAGCUUGCAGGACUCCAUCCUCAACCCCAUGUCAUCCAACCUGGUCGAUCUGGGCUCUUAAAACCGUGUACACGGCCCCUCCUUCGCGCCUCCUUUACUCUUAUAUAUAUUUUUUUCUCCUUAAUCUUACCAGAGACUUUUUGAAAGCGAUGACAAACUCCUUAGUGGAAGUGUUGUGUGCCUUUUGGCAGCAGGCUGGCUGCAGGUUUGGAAGGCAUUGGACUUGGCUGUGGGCAGUAAUGGUGUAAAAAGCCUGGAGGGUUGCUUAAAGUUGGUCCCAGGCGGGGACGGGCUGUCGGACAGGGCCUGUGGUUUUCAUGUCAGGCCAUAAUGCGGUGCGGUGGGGCAGCUCUUCCCAGCCUUGAUUUCCCAAAUCUCUCGGUGGUGUUGCUCAGUCGGCCCGGUCUGUGGGUGAAGAGGCACAUUGUAAUUUUUUUUUGGGGGGGUGGGGAGGACGGGGGAGCGCAAGGCUGCUGUUUACAUGCCUGUUGGGAAGUUUCGCAUCGCUCCCGCUAUCCUAUUGUAGUUAUGUAUCUGUGGCAGGUGUACGAUGUACAAUUUCAACUAAGAAUACAAAAGUUGUAGUCAAGUUAUAGCAGCGACACGCUCUAGGCAGACUCUGUAACCUUCUUGUAGCUGAUGCUAUGCAGAGAGGCGGCUUCUUCAGCCUUGUCCAUGUGGUGCUUUCGCCAUUUGCUGGGUGGGAAAGGAAGCGAUGGCCCGAGCCCGGCCCCAGUAGAAGGCGGGGGGGGGGGGGGGGGGGGGAAGGCAGGUGCUGUCCGCGGCGUGCACCGGGGGCAGGAGCGGGCUUUGAGCGAAGAGGAACUGCUGCUCGAGUUUAGACCUAAACGACAGUAUCAACCGCAAGUCACCCGAUCUUAGUUUUGUUUAUUGUUUAUAUUAUGUGAAUACAUUCUUUGGAAAAUAUUUCUGCUUUUAUUUUAUAAUAAAAUUUAGAAAUCUAA